AUGGGCACCUCACAGAGGGCCCCCACGCGGUCCAGCCGUCUCCCUCAACGUCCCAUGUUGGGCAACUUUGAUCGCAUAUUCGAAGGACGCCGCCUUGUGAGAGGCCCCGACGAUCUGAAUAUUCUUGAUGCGUCUCCUCCCAAGCUCGGCAACAUGGAGAGGCUUCACAUCAAGCCGGCCCAGGACGGCCAGCCCUCUGGUACUCCUGCUGUCCCCGCCAACCGUCUGGACAUCCGCCGCAUCCUGGCCUGCACUGUCGACAGCGCCACGCACUCCCGCUUCCGCCGCCGCCGCCGCCGCGACUCGAGCUCCGAAGACGACGACGCAACCACCCUCGACGAUGCGUCUGUCAGCGCUGUUGCCAGUCUGGCCUCGACUCCAGCCACCAGCCCUGACGUCUCGCCUGUUGGCGGCAAGGGCGACGACCACAACGAUGUGAGCGAUCUGGAGGGCAAGGACGACGGCGUCGUUGGAGCACAAGGCAAUUUUGGGCAUAAGCCUACGCCUCAGCCGGCGCCACUGCCGCCCUCGCGGCUGCCCGCUGUCUACCCUGUGCCCGUUCCCGUUCCCGUGCCUAUGCCCAUGCGAUUACCGCCGGGCACCGCCAUCGAUAACACCGGUCGGCUGAGACAGAUCACCGUCCGCGGCGAGCUGCUCCCGUUGUUCAGCGAGCUGCAGAAGGCGCGCCGCGCCGAGGUCUCUCGAAUUGUCGCCGCCUCACACACCUUGGCGGCUGCCGAGAAGGCCAUCCUUCCCUGGGACGCGCAUGGCAACCUUAUAUCUGUGGUGCAGGAUAGACGGCAAGGCAUUCCCGCUUCUGGCUUCGAUUUCAUCUCCCGUUCGGCCGUUGAGCCUCUCUACAGGGUCGAGAAGGACGUGCGGCUCAAGAUCGUCAGGGCCAUACUUGAUGCUACCCUUUUUGAGGACGCUCUGCUGCGUAGCAACAAUCUCACCAUGGUUCGAGCUACCCAGCCGAUUCACGUCUUCGUCGACGUCAGCAACAUUAUCAUUGGAUUCUACCAAAAACAAGACAACACGAUCAAGCAAGCUCGCUUCAUGCCGACAGACGCACGCAUUCCAGCCCCAAUCUUCUCCUUCGAGGCCUUCACAGCCGCCGCCGAGCGCGGCCGCCCCUGCGCCAAGCGCGUCCUCGCAGGUUCUAUAAAGGCCGGCGCCGCCACUCCGGGCUUUAUGCUGGAGGCUGCCGCCCUCGGCUACGAGAUGAAUGUACUGCAGCGCGUCCAAGGCUCCAAGAGGACCCGCACCAACCCCGCGCCGCUAGGCGUUUACAUCCCCGAGUCGUGGGACGGCACCCACCGCGAGCAAGCUGUCGACGAGAUUCUGCAGCUCAAGAUGAUGCAGACCCUUAUCGACACCACCGAGCCGGGCGUCAUGGUCGUCGCGACCGGUGACGCCGCCGAAGCCGAGUUCUCGGAUGGCUUCCACAAGAGUGUCGUCCGCGCGCUCGGCCUGGGCUGGCUCGUCGAGGUUGUUGGCUUCCGGAACAACAUGUCCAGCGCUUGGUUCGCGGAAGCGUUUCGGGAGAAGUGGGCACAGCAGCUCCGCAUCCUCACCAUUGACGGGCUUGUCGAGGAGCUACUGGCCUCAUGA